GCUCUCGCGACAAUUGGCGCUGGAGACGGGAGGAGCGGAGAUUGGACGAGUCGGGAGAGCGUUCGUCCUCCUCCUCUCGCGAGGCUUGCCCUCUGCCAUCUUAGUGCGGCGGACGACAAGGUCUCCCCGCCGGGGUCACAGGGACACAGAGGCUGCUGAACGGACUCUCGUGCAACAUGCUGUCCCGGCUGGCGCUGCACGCUGCCGGCGCCGUGGCUCCGGCGCUCAAGAACGCGGCCCCGCUGGCUCCAGGGGUGCUUCAGGCAACCAGAAUUUUUCACACAGCUUCUCCCCGUCUGGCUCCUCUGCCUCCUCUUCCUGAGUAUGGAGGGAAAGUUCGUCAUGGGUUGAUUCCUGAGGAAUUCUUUCAGUUUAUGUAUCCUAAAACUGGAGUUACAGGUCCUUACGUAUUGGGAACAGGACUUAUCCUGUAUUUUCUCUCCAAAGAAAUCUAUGUUAUUACUGCUGAUACAAUUGCUGCCAUGUCAACAUUGGGGCUCCUCAUUUAUAUAGUUAAAAAAUAUGGUGCCUCUGUAGCAGCUUUUGCUGAUAAACUCAGAGAGGACCAGAUGGCUGAGGCAGAAGGGCUGAAACAGGACUCCAUAAAAAGUAUCCAAGAUGCAAUUGACUUGGAAAAGAAACAGCAAGCCCUGGUUGCCAAGCGUCACUACCUUUUUGAUGUCCAGAGGAACAACAUUGCCAUGACACUCGAAGUCUUUUACCGUGAGAGGCUGCACAAGGUGUACACAGAGGUGAAGAAUCGCCUGGACUAUCAGAUUGCAAAGCAGAACAUGAUGCGACGCAAGGAACAAGAACACAUGAUUGCGUGGGUGGAGAACCAUGUGGUGAAGAGCAUCUCUGCUCAACAGGAAAAGGAAACGAUUGCCAAGUGCAUUGCAGAUCUGAAGCUGCUAGCAAAGAAGGCACAAGCACAGUCACAGUCGGUUCUGUAAAACUCUUUCAUCAUAAUUAAGACAGCAAAAAGCAGUUUUUAUUAGCAGUGUAGAAGCUAUGUUCUUGUGACCCUUCUCAAUAAAAGUCUUUCUAACAUUGUAUUGCCAGCCCUCUUAAAGCUGAGCCUAAACCUCUCAGAGGUAUCAGGCUUGGAAGUAGGAGGGUUACGGUUGUUUCAUUGAAAGGUCGCCUUCCAGCCCAACUGCUGUAUGUUUUGAUGUAAUUGAAAAACUUUAAUGAAGUUUAGAACACUACCCAAAGUUCUCAAAUUAUAUCUUAAAUUUUAAUUAUGGCUCAAUCUACCAUCUUGAAAUAAAAUAACUGAUACUCUUAAGACAUGAA